CUGAUCCCACCCCUCCCAGUUGUCAGACUACACCAAGGCAGCCUCUCCCUUGGGCCUCCCCUCUGGCCUAGAGGCUCUGCUUGUCUUCUCAUCCCCAGGAGGAGAGCAAGGUGAUGGGUCUGCCCCUGCUGCUGCCCCUGCUACUGCUGCCGCCAGCAUCUCUGCAGGAUGGUGGCUCAGCAAAAUGCAAACCAGUCUUUACUUUUGAAAUCAACCAACCAAAGCACCUCUCAGCCCCUGUGGGUGGUUCCAUCCACAUCCCCUUCUCCUUCUGUUACCCCUGGGAGUUAGCUGAGGAUCCCAGGGUGAGAAUAUCCUGGAGAAGGAAAGUGUUCCAUGGGGAGUUCAUCUACAACACAACCCCGCCUUUCACCCAUGAGGAUUACAAGGACCGCCUCUCCCUGCUCUGGACAAAGGGCCAGAGGACCGGCUCCCUCCAGAUCUCUAACUUGCGGAAGGAGGACGAGUCUGAAUACUUCUGCCGAGUUCAUUUGAACACAUGUACACAACGAGGUGAGGAAGAGUGGCAGUCCAUCGAGGGGACCAAACUCACCAUCACCACAGCCACCAAGGAACCCACAGAGGGGCCCACCAGCACCAUUACCACCACCACAGUUGGCGUCAAUGUCUCCGGGGAAGAGAGGAGCUCAGGGUCUUGGCCUCUGACUCCAGGAGCUACAGUUGGGGUGGCAGUGGCCAGUGCUGUGCUCAAAAUCACAAUUUUGGGACUGAUAGUCUAUCUCAGGUGGAAGAGAAGCAAAAGUCUGUGAACUAAAGCCAGAGCAGCAGACAUGGGAUCCUUCCAUAACACUGAGGAGAAGUAUGAGAACAUUGGGAAUACAGGACAACAAGAAGACCCCAAGCUGGACCCAAAGGUGGAUGGCACCCUCUAUGCCUCCCUCGUCCUCACCAGCUCGACCUCACCUCCAGCACCUCCCCGCCACCUUCUCCACAACAACCCCCAGGAAGAGACCCUAUACUCUAUGCUAAAGGCCUAACAAGUGGAACUGAAUGAUGACCUCUUUACAGUAAGCCACUCGGAGGGAUCGCCACUUCCCAUAUUAGUCCCAGCCAGUCCCAGAUGACUCAGAAAUCAACAGGGAUCAAAGGCCACCGAGGACCUGAGACAAACAGCCAUCUGUUCCAGUUCCCUCUUCAACUGCUUGCCCACAAAAAAUAAAAGAACAGGAACUCACCAUUUUGAUUUCUCCUCCUGUGCCCCCUUCCUACAAAAUCCUGUAGGAUUUAUCUAAAUGCAUCUAAGGAGAAAAAUGAUGUCAUCUUCAACUUCUGUCCUUCUUGGCAAAAAUGAACUAUAAUAGUGCAUACACAAGGUCCUCCUCUAGUACUUUUAUUCAGUGACUGCGAGUCCCCAAAUACUGGUAGGCAGCCUGGAAUCCAAAUUCUGCCCCCCAGUCUAAUCCUUCUACUUCUCUUACAGUUAUAACUGGCAUCAUUUAAGCCUUUACAGGCAUCACCUCAUUUAAAUAUAAACAACCCUAUUUUAGCAAAGUGGUAAAAGUGGGAGCGGGUUGAGCAAGAAAGUAAAUGGAAACUUAUGAAAAAGGAAUCCGCCAGGAUAUAAAGGGACAGCGGUGGCUCUGGGUGCAGAUGCUGACCAGUUUUCAGGGAAGGUGUCUUGAAGCAGAGAUAGCCGGAACAAUGGUCUUUGUUUUCUCUGUGAAUAAGUGCUGCCCCCUUCUGGGAGCGAGGAGGGAAUGGUGCAGUGUGAUUAGCUGCCGCUUGGGGGAAUGGCAGAAAGCUUAAAAGGAUUACUGAACAUUGGAGAUGGUGAACUAUUAGUAUCACAAAUUCAUACACACACUCAUUGUUGUAGACUGCAACCAAAAAGAAAAACAAAUGGCCACAAAUUCUUCACAGCUUCUUCUAUCAAGAGGUGGAGGCUAUUUCCUUAUCCCUGAAUCUGGACUGGCCUUAUGACUUGCUUUGACCAAUAGAAGGUAAUAUAAGCGAUACUGUGCGAUUUCUGGACCUAGACCUCAAGUGCAGGUGGGCUUGCAGCUCCUCCCUAGCAUCAGGAACCCCCCUGCCACCGUGUGAACAAGCCUGAGCUAGAUAUUGGAGACUGAGAAACAAUGUGGAGAGAGGCCCGGCCAUCCCACCAAUUCCAGCUGAUGCACCCUGAUGGGAGAUGAGGCUGUCCUAGACUAUUCACCUCCAGCCAAAGCAUUCAGAUGAACCACAGAAUUGUAAGACAUAGUAUAUGUUUGUGGUCUUAAGCCUCUAGUUUUUGGGGUGGUUUGUUGUACAGUAAAAACUAAUUCACUCAUUCUUUAGAUAAUUUUUAAGGCAUAUUCAUAACUACCUGGUUGUUUCCAGUCAUUGUGCUUUUGUCUCAGUUUUCAUGUACUCCUUGAUCCUUUUAUUUUCUUUCCAAUAAAAACAAUUUUUUAAAGAUUUUAUUUAUUUAUUUUUAGAGAGAAGAGAAGGGAGGUAGAAAGAGAGGGAAACACCAAUGUAUGGUUGCCUCUCACACACCCCCCACUGGGGACUUGGCCUGCAACUCAGGCAUGUGCCCUGGCUGGGAAUCGAACCAGCAACCCUUAGGUUUGCAGGCCGGCACUCAAUCCACUGAGCUAUAGCAGCCGGGGCCAGAGAAAAAAAUUAAUAGCUAAAAACGUAUG